AUGGAGGUGUUGCUGUUUAUCUUUCCCGUCACUGUUGUUCUUCUUGCAAGAGCCCAGAUGGACGGCGACCUUGCCUUUCAGCAGUACCCUCAAACUCCAGUCCGUCUUGUUGUCUUUUUAGCUCUUAAGGAGGGUUUGCGGCACUGGCUAGACGUCUUGGAGAGGCGACGGCGUCAGCGUGACCUCAGCGAAGCCAUGGGCCAAUCAGAGGAUCAGAUUCGAGUUGCGCUCACGGAGUCGCUCCCCUCAACUUACUGA